CAGAACAGUGUAGUGACCACAGCAUGUGGUGGUGGUGUAGGGGAACAGAACAGUGAAGUGACUGUUUCCUGUGUCCAGGUUGACCCCGUCUGGAGAGACGUGUCGUAGUCUGGAGACUGAGAUCUCUAGUCUGAAGGGGAACCUGGAGGUGCUGGAUGUGGGAAAGAGACCCUUCAUGUUGCAUGUUCUGCUGCUGACCACUCUGAAGGAGCUCACUGAAGAACAGCUGAAGACAUUUCAGUCUCACCUGACUAGGGGCUGGAUGUUAGUCUUUCCUCCCAUCCCAGAGAGUCAGCUGAAGAACUCUGACAGACAGGACACAGUGGAUCAGAUGGUGAAGAGAUAUGGCCCUGAGGGAGCUGUGAGGAUCACACUGAGGAUCCUGAGAAGGAGGAUGAAUCUGAAUGAUCUGGCAGAGAAGUUACAGAGAGAUUACACUAGAGUUUCUCCCUCUUUCUCAGGUAUUUCCACUACCUUAUACAAGUCCUUUUCCCAACCCAGUCCCUUCUAUGGCUCAAUACACCCCUUUCCCUCCUCCCGCCCCCUCCUUGGCUUGUCUCAGAAGUUGUCAUUAACUUCAGCUGGUAGCUCAGGACAGCUCAGCUCACAGAGACCCUUCAUGUUGGAUGUUCCAGCUCUGCUGCUGACCAGUCUGGAGGAGCUCACUGAAGAACAGCUGAAGACAUUUCAGUCUCACCUGACUAGUGACCAGCUGCCUGGCUUUCCUCCCAUCCCAGAGAGUCAGCUGGAGAACACUGACAGACAGGAGACAGUGGAUCAGAUGGUGAAGAGAUAUGGCCCUGAGAGAGCUGUGAGGAACACACUAAUGAUCCUGAGGUUGAUGAAUCGAGUAGACCUAGCAGUGAAGUUAGAGAGAGAUCACACUAGAGGUAUUCCCACUGCCUCAUUCCAGUGCUUUCCCCCACCCAGGUCCUACGGCUCAAUACAACCCUUUCUCUCCAGAUUCUCUUCCUUCCUUCCCUCUGGUUCGUCUAAGCAGUUGUUGUCAUCAAUAUCUGGUAGCUCAGGACAGCUCAGCUCACAGAGACCCUUCAUGUUGGAUGUUCCAGCUCUGCUGCUGACCAGUCUGGAGGAGCUCACUGAAGAACAGCUGAAGACAUUUCAGUCUCACCUGACUAGUGACCAGCUGCCUGGCUUUCCUCCCAUCCCAGAGAGUCAGCUGGAGAACACUGACAGACAGGAGACAGUGGAUCAGAUGGUGAAGAGAUAUGGCCCUGAGAGAGCUGUGAGGAACACACUAAUGAUCCUGAGGUUGAUGAAUCGAGUAGACCUAGCAGUGAAGUUAGAGAGAGAUCACACUAGAGGUAUUCCCACUGCCUCAUUCCAGUGCUUUCCCCCACCCAGGUCCUACGGCUCAAUACAACCCUUUCUCUCCAGAUUCUCUUCCUUCCUUCCCUCUGGUUCGUCUAAGCAGUUGUUGUCAUCAAUAUCUGGUAGCUCAGGACAGCUCAGCUCACAGAGAACCUCCAUGUUGGAUGUUCUGCUACUGACCACUCUGGAGGAGCUCACUGAAGAACAGCUGAAGACAUUUCAGUCUCACCUGACUAGUGGCUGGAUGUUAGGCUUUCCUCUCAUCCCAGAGAGUCAGCUGGAGAACACUGACAGACAGGACACAGUGGAUCAGAUGGUGAAGAGAUACGAACAUGAGGGAGCUGUGAGGAACACACUAAUGAUCUUGAAGUUGAUGAAUCGAGUAGACCUAGCAGAGAAGUUAGAGAGAGAUCACAAUGGAGCUUGGCUGCUGAACUCUCUGGAGGAACGGAACAUAAACGAGCUGAAGACAUUUCAAAACUACCUGACUAGUGGCAAGCUGCUUGGCUUUCCUCCCAUCCCAAAGAGCCAGCUGAGGAACACUGACAGACAGGUCACAGUGGAUCUGAUGAUGAAGAGUUACGGCCCUGAGAGAGCUGUGAAGAUCACACUGAGGAUCCUGAGGUGGAUGAAUGAGCAUGAUCUCACUGAGAAGUUACAGAGUGAUCACACAGAAACCGCCGGCCCUGAGGAAGCUGUGGAGAUCACACCGGAGAUCCUGAAGAAGAUGAACUGGGAUGAUCUGUCAGAGAAGAAAAAGAGAGAGUGGUUUCCAGAGAACAAUGAUCAGGAGGACAAUGGAACAUACCGGUUAGAGUGCCCCAGGGCAGGUCUGUUCCAGUGCAGUAUAACAGGCCUGGUGUUUAGGAUGGAGGGAGAGGUGCUCUAUAGGACAGUCCACUGGGACAUGAGGCUUCUAGCCCAGAAUGGCAAGAGACCUGCAGGACCCCUGUUCAAGUUUACAUGCCUUAAGGGGUCUGUCAGUCAACUACACCUCCCCCACUGUGAGAUCUGCCCUGGUGGUGGAUGUGACUUCCUGUCUGUAGCUCAUGUGACUGAUGACAACAUUGAGUUUAUCCCUCCUCAUGAGACAACAGACACACAUGUCAUAAUAAACAUCAGUGGAUUCUGUGCUUAUGGCCUCAUCAAGGAUAAGGAUGCUCCUGUCUUCCCUAUCAAAGCCCAGGUGUUGUUGUUCUACCAACCAUCAGAUGACCCUGACCUGGAGUCUGUACUGCAUGUGUUGUUGCUGCCUCGGAACGUUGUCCUAAUGAAGGUGAAAGAGGAGAGGGCGAGGAGGAACGGCAUGAGAGAAACCUUCAUUGAAACAACCUCUGACUGUGAACUGACCCCUGAUCAGAUUUACAGCCUCUCCACUGAUGGGUAUCAUAAGGUGAUACCUGAGACCAAAAAGUUUGAUAAUGAUAAAGACUACGAAAACUACACCACAACAUUUGCGGUAUUCUUACCUGCCAAAGUUCAAAAAGCUGAACUGACAUUGAAGAAGAAUAUAGCCUGGUCCACAUUAGACCUACUGUCCAGUCUAUUUGUGAGUUGUGAAUAUCCAUGGAAGGGUUUCUACAGAUAUCAAGCCCCUCUCCCUGCAGCCACUCCUGCCAAACCCCCUACUUUCCCAGGACGAGACUUCAUUACAAAACACAGGAUUGCUCUAGAAACUCGCCUGGGACUCUUGCAGCCCAUUCUCUUGCAUCUGGAGGAUCACAAGGUUCUGAAUGCUGAGGAGAGGGAGGAGGUGGUCAGUAAAUCCACCAAGACCCUACAGAACCAAGCCCUGCUGGACAUGGUGGUAAGGAAAGGGGAUGAAGCCCAGGAAGUGUUCUACCAAGUCCUGAGAGAAGCAGACCGCUUCCUGGUCAGAGACCUGGAGAAGAAGAAAUCCUGAAAACCUGCAAAAUCGGCAGUGUAUCAAAUACUUGUUCUCCCCACAGUACAUGCAUAUAAAAUAUUGAUGAAACAAUUGAUUUUCAGGACAAACUCUUAAAAUGAAUGAAAACAAGGAAAACAAAACCUGUAGCUAUUAUAUUUCAUUAAUCACUUAAAUGUUCAAUAUGGGGAAAAUACUACAUUUCCCACAAUGCAUUAGUUUAAUGCACAAACAAAUGAAAUGGUUGGAGGAAAUAUAAUGGUAUAUUCUAAGCACAAAGGUUAAUAGAGUAUAUGAACAUUGUUUCCAGAGAAAAGUUAUAUUUUCUUUGGUAUCUGGAAGUGUGACCUGUAAGAUUCAAUUAAACUCUCAUGUUCUGUGA